UGAUAUGAGGUUUAUUUUUUUAUUAAAAAUUUUGAAAAUUUUUUUAAGAAUGGAAGACAUUGGAAUUUGUUUGUGUAAUAUAUUUGACAGAAUUGAACAAUUUUCCUCAUUUGCUGAACAAAAAAUAAUUUUUUAUAUGGAUAAUACUACAAAUAGCAAUAAUACUCAAGAAGCUCAACAACAACAAGACAAUUUAAUGCAAAUAGAUGAAGUUCAAACUGAUAAUAAUGUCCAUAAUAUUUCGAAAAAUGUUACAAAAGAAAAGUGUAAUGGGGCUUUGAGAGAAAAAUCAACAACAACACUAGAACAACAACCAGAAGUAACUACAACAUCAGAAAAUGAACAAUUAAGCACAACGUUUUCAUCAGAUAUUGAAAUCAUUGAAGAAAAACAAUCAAAUAAUAAUAAAUCAAAAGAUGAAUAUUUUAAUGGAAGUAAUAAAUUAAUUAAAUUAAAUAGAAAAAGAAUAUUAAAUUGGGCUGAAAAGACAAAAUUAAAAGAAAAAUACUACCAAAAAAGAUCUCAACAUCAACCUUAUAGAGAACAAAAUGAAAAUUCUGCUUUAUUGCGUCGUUCUGAAAGAGUUCAAAAUAGUCCUAAAUAUUUUAAUAUUGCUGAAUCUUGGGCUUGGAAUUUCACAAAAUUAAUGAGGCUAGCAAAUAAUUCUUUACAAAACAGAACUCUUGACCCUUUAAUUAAUUAUAGAUGGAUAGAAGAUUUGCCUAAUUUUAAUCCAUUAAUAGAAGCAUUUGUGGAAGCAUCAAAAAAUGAAAAUUGGGAAUUUUCUCAAUAUUUGUAUAAAUUUUUACAAUUUAUUUGUGAAAAGAAAAAUGUUGGCCUAACGUUGGGACAAGCUGAAAUUUUUAGACAAGUUUAUAUUCGUUGGAGUUCAACAUUUCUCAAUUUAUCGUUAGACAAUACUCAACAAACUUUAGAUUUAUUAAUUCAUCAAAUGGCUGCUGAAUUGGGUUCUCAUCGUGCUUUAUCAAUUUUACAAUUAUUUUUUGAUGGAGAAUUUAAUUUUAAUAAUAAUAAAAAUAUGAGAUCACCAAAAUUAAAUACUCAAAAAUUCAAGGAAGUCGCCGAAAUUAAUUUUGACAAAAAUAAAUUAAAUAAAAAUCAAUUGGAUUUAUUUAAAUGGAUUUUUGAAAGAAUUGCUAAUGAACAAAAAGAAGAAAAAUUGAGAGAGGGGACUGAUAUAAUGGGUGAAACAACUUCAACAACAACAGAUACUCAAAAUAAUUCUGUUUUGGAACAAAAUGAGAGAUUGCGGGAUUUGGAGAUUAGAUAUAGAUGGUUGGUUUGUUGGGGUUUUUAUAAAGAAAAUUUAGAUUACUCUAACGGUUUUUACCGCUAA